GCCCUUCAAUGCAACAUGGCACGAUGACAUAACCUUAAAGGGGCGACUUCGUGAAGAAGGAUCGCCAAGUUCAUCUUCCUUUCUGUGUCUCUCCGUCACCUGGAUUCACGCAAGUAUCCUGCCACAUCUGCCAGACAUGUCGUACCAAGGCCACUCCAACGUCGGCUUCCCGAGCCUCUACGAGUCCCAGAACCAGCGCAACGUCAAGCAGUCCGAGGUCGACGAGCUGACCAGGCACACGGGGGAGAAUGUCAAGGGGUUUAUGCCGAAGGGUCAAGCGCGGGAAGUGAAUCGUCUGCAUGAGCAGGAAGUGCAUCGUCACCAAGCCGAAAACAUGAAGAAGGAUCCCACCCUCGCCGCCAGAUUGCACGGUAACAAGCCGGCUAAGGGCGCUAUGAUCGACAAGGAGCUGCAGGAGGAGGACGAGGCGCAGCUGAGGAAGAAGGGGGAUGCCGUGACGGGGAAGAAGAUGUAAUCAUAUGUUCUUGAGGGCGGGAGAGUGAGGGAAUUUGUUGGGAAGGGGGGAGUGUUGUUGGCUGGUAUUUACCCACCCAAGUCGGCUCUGUUCAGUCGAGUUAGGAGCUAGCAUCGCUGCGAGCAAUUUGCAGUUUGCUUGUCACUGGUUUGGCUUCGGUUGUUCUUUGCGAAGUGUGGAUUCGGGGCAUGGGAGUUUUCCGUCGCCAUUUUCCAAAUGUUGUUCCUCAUCUGCUCGUUCCUGCUCCUGAAGACGG